GUCGUUUUGCGAAAAAAACGGGUUGGACUGGAGGGAAACGUACCAAAAUGGCUGCCUUCCGCGCAGUAAAUUAAACAUCAGAAAAGGGGAGCGUGUGACUGUCGAACGGGCAAGAGGGACACCCAGAGGUCGCGACCAGUGGUCUAGCCGCAGCGACCACCGCUCCCAUGAAAGGUAUGGACCUCCCACUCGCACGAACUACCGUGUUAUUGUUGAAAACCUCUCCUCUCGCAUCAGCUGGCAAGAUCUAAAAGAUUAUAUGAGACAGGCUGGAGAAGUAACAUAUGCCGAUGCCCAUAAACAACACAAGAACGAAGGCGUCGUCGAAUUCGCCAAUUAUUCUGAUAUGAAAAAUGCCAUUGAAAAAUUGGACAAUACCGAACUGAACGGUCGACGAAUUAAGCUAAUUGAAGAUAGGGGCAACAAAGGUCGUAAGCGAUCCUAUUCAUACAGUGUAAGUCGUUCACGUAGCCGUUCUAAGAAGUCACGGUCCCGUUCUGGUUCAAACAGCCGUUCUAGGUCGAGAUCCCGUUCCCGAAGUCGAUCGUAUAAGUCAAAAUCGAAAUCGCACACCCCCUCAAAGGAGCGUGAAUCCAAAUCGAGGUCGAGAUCUAACUCUCGCAAAAAGUCCCCAGAAAGAAAUCAUUCUCGUUCAAAUUCAAGGAAACGAUCUGCUGAACGUUCAAAGUCCCGUUCCAGGUCCCCAUCUGAAUCCAAAAGGUCCAGGUCACGAGAACCAUCCAAAGACAGGUCCCGCUCUCGUUCACGUUCUCGUUCUGCCAGUAAGGAAAGAAGCAAAUCGAGAAGUCGAUCGCGUUCUGUAGAUAACUAAAAUAGACAUUUUCUCAUAGAACAGUUGUAUUCAUAUUUUCU